AUGAAUGUAUUCAAGAAACCAAUAAUUCGUAUCAGCAACAACAACAGCAACAAUAGUAACAGCACUACAUCGUCAAAUAAUAAGCUGCUUACGCCCAAAACACUGCGUGAUGGUAAGUUGCCUACUUUACUUACAAUCACACCACAACAGCAACGUGACAAGUUUGAUGAACUAAACGAAAUUGAAUCAAAUCGAAUCAUUGAUGGAUUGAAUAACCCUACUGAAUCCAUUUGGGCCCUUACAGCAGCAAUAUCUAAAAGAAACAAGGAUCGAAAUCGAUACAGCAAUGUUAUGCCCUGGAAUGAGGCUAGGGUCAAACUACCAGUCAAGAAUGAAACGACUUAUUCCGAUUAUAUUAAUGCAUCAUACAUAAAACUACAGAUCAAAGGUGAUACUUUGAUUAAUCGAUACAUUGCGUGCCAGGGACCAUUGGAUACAACAAGAAAUCAUUUUUGGUCAAUGUGUUUUAAUGAACUGGAGAAACAGGGCAACGAUGUUAUCAUAAUUGCCAUGGUUACGCCACUUGAGGAACAAGGGAUGGUUAAAUGUGAUAGAUAUUGGCCAGAGUUGGGUGAAACUUGGGGGUUUCAGCAAGAAAACCUUGAAGAUGGUAUUGCAUUGGACGAUUUAACAAUCAAGAAUGUGAAUGAAACGUACGAUGCUAACGAGGAUUAUUUGUUGACUGAGUUUGAACUCAAGUCAGGACUCAAGACCAAAAAAGUAUAUCAUUUCUAUUAUUAUAAAUGGGCAGAUGCCAAAGUACCACCAUCAGUUGCACCUUUGGCUAAUUUAUCUCGCCACAUAAACGAGAUUAAGCAAACUAGUACUGAAUCACAAAAAACUCAACCUAUCCCCAUAAUUCAUUGUUCUGCAGGUGUUGGAAGAUCAGGUACUUUUAUGGUUUACGAUCAUUUGUUUCGCGAUAGAGACAAGUUUAAAGAAAUUCUUGAUACCAAUCAUACAAAGGAUUUGAUAUACAAGGCAGUUUUCCAGUUGAGGACACAAAGAAUGAUGAUGGUGCAAACUGUUUAUCAGUAUCAGUUCUUGUAUGAUGUGGCAAAGGGAGUUUACAGUGGGGAUAAUUGA